CUAUCAGCGGAAAAUUAGUAUGCAAAGAAUUACAACUAAUGAGACCAUUUAAGAAUAAUAAUAUUAUCCGUAACGAUGACACACAGGAUUCAUUAUUCCAAUUGCUUACCUUUAUAUUUCAAGACAAGGAUUCUUUUAAGCAUCUAACUAGAUUGCCAUUGGUUCCAUUGAGCGAUGGUUCUGUUGGAAAAUUUGGUGGUCAAAAAGUUUACUAUAUCGGUAAACAAAAACAUUUGGAUUUGUUUCCGAAUGGUCGAUCUAGACUUAUCUCCAUUAAUUUACCGAAAGAUCUGUUAGAAAUCUUUUCCAGUGAUGAAUUUUCCAAAGUUACAAAUAUACAAAAAUUUGACGCUUCAGCAAUUUUUGAUCUUUUAAAAGGCGAAUUACCAAGUGUAGAUAUAAGUCUUCCAUGGGAUCCAAAUGGAAAACGUAUAAAUAAUAAUUGGCUUCAAAAAAUUUGGUCAAUGAUAUUUAAAUCUGAAGAAAAUAUAGAAUAUUCGAAACUUUCAGAAUUUCCACUGUUACCGGUGAAUAAGCCUUCUAACAUGCUUAUAAAACCUGAUAUAACAACUCCACUUUUAUACGCACCUAAAAAUGGACAACAUAGAUUAUUUUCGAUAUUAGUAAAAUUAAAAAUACGUUUUACUGACAUGUCAUUUCCCGAUAAUGCUCACGAAGAUCUCAAAAGAUGUGUUGUGCAAUGCACGCCUAUAAGUAUUCUUAAUUCUUUGGAGAAGGCUUUAUCAUAUACAAAUAUGGAGGAUUUGGAGCAAUUGUUUGAGGAUAGUAAUUUAUCACUUUCA